AUGGCAGACACAGCCGUUGCAGCACCCGCCGACAAGAAGGCCCCCCCCAAGUUCAAGCAGAGGCAGACUCGUACAUUCAAGAGCAAGGCCCCCAAACCAGGCCAGAAGGGCUUCGGUGACGACAUCCCCGGCAUGGAGGGUCUCGGCACAGACAUCACAGUGGUUUGCCCAUGGGAAGCCUUUGGUGACAUGGAGCUGAGCGACCUGGCGAAAUAUGGAAUCGUCUAGAAAACCAUCUACUUUACCUCCCUGCAACAAUAUUCCUUCGCCCAGUUUUCCUCCCCUUCACCCUCCUCUUCUCCCUCCCCUCCUAAAGUACCUGAUCUGAUGUUUGUCAAUG